AUGGCGCCUGGCUUGCUCCGCCACCCACCAGGGCCGGAUGGUCCCCGUGCACCAGGUGUCUUGGGGCCGUUGUCCCUGCUGGUCUUCAACCCCGGCGUGGGGGGACCCGGGGGCCGGUGCCUCGCCCUGCUGCCCCCUCGCUCGCACGCCUUCCUGCCCGGACCGCAGGGGCGGCUGAGCCCCGCCGACAUCCCCCUGCGCCGUGUACGGACACUGUUUGUCAGUGGCCUUCCUGUGGAUAUCAAGCCCAGAGAGCUCUACCUACUCUUCCGACCGUUCAAGGGUUAUGAAGGGUCACUGAUCAAGCUAACUUCAAAGCAGCCAGUUGGUUUUGUGACCUUUGACAGCCGGGCUGGUGCUGAAGCAGCAAAGAACGCCUUGAAUGGCAUCCGCUUUGACCCAGAGAACCCCCAGACCUUGCGGUUAGAGUUUGCUAAAGCCAACACAAAGAUGGCCAAGAGCAAGCUGAUGGCAACGCCAAACCCCACCAAUAUCCACCCUGCCUUGGGCGCACACUUCAUUGCACGGGACCCCUAUGACCUGACUGGAGCAGCUCUUAUUCCAGCGUCCCCAGAAGCGUGGGCUCCCUACCCACUCUACACCACGGAGCUAACCCCUGCCAUCCCCCAUGCCGCCUUCACAUACCCGGCGGCCGCUGCUGCGGCUGCCCUUAAUCAUUCUAUGCGCUGGUAUCCUCCCUCCGAAGCUACCCAGCAAGGAUGGAAGUCUCGUCAGUUUUGUUAG